CGGCUGCGGGGACAGACCCGGAGGGAAGGAUGAGAAGGGGACUCCAGCCGCCGGCAGCUCCGCCGCCCGCUCCGUCCACGGACACCACCUCAGCCCCCGCCGCCUUCCCGGCCCGCUUUGCCGCCGGCACCUUCAUCCAGAUCCGCAGCGGCGGCGCGGCGGCGGGGGCGCCUUGCGUUGUCUCCUCCUCCGUUUCCCAGGCUGCCGGUGCCUUUGCCCCGGCGGCGGAGGGCGGCCAGCCCGGCGGCGGCUCGCUGUGCUGCACCCCGCACGGACCCGCCGGCAGGACGGCGCUGCUGCAGCCCGCUUUCGGCGGAGGCCGCCCUCCGGUGGAGCCUAGGAAGACUUCUUUCCUUCUUAAAGCUUUGGAAGCAGGGAAGCAGUUUUUGGACUCCACCUGCAAAAAAGUCCUCGUGCCAGUUGUCAUCAUGUUUCAUGGAGGAGCGGUUGAAAAUGUUGUUCUGUUUAGACAGGACCAAGAUGAGAGAACUGUGAGCUGCCACAUGGGGGCAAAACGAAGGCUGGAGCUAGGAGAAAGUGGCCACCAGUAUCUUGCUGAAGGACUAAAGACUCCAAAGGGGAAAGGAAGAGCUGCAACAAGAAGUCCAGAUAGUCCAAAAACUCCAAAAUCUCCUUCAGAAAAGACUCGGUAUGAUACAUCACUUGGCCUUCUCACAAAGAAGUUCAUUCAGUUGCUGAGCCAAUCUCCUGAUGGGGUCUUAGAUUUGAACAGAGCAGCAGAGGUCCUCAAGGUGCAAAAAAGGAGGAUUUACGAUAUCACCAAUGUACUGGAAGGCAUCCAUCUCAUUAAGAAAAAGUCCAAAAACAACAUUCAGUGGAUGGGCUGCAGUCUGUCAGAGGAUGGUGGCAUGCUGGCACAGCGUCAAGGCCUCACAAAGGAGGUGACCGAACUGACUCAGGAAGAGAAGAAACUGGAUGAGCUAAUCCAAAGCUGCACCUUGGAUCUCAAGCUGCUAACAGAGGACUCGGAGAAUCAGAGAUUAGCUUAUGUGACGUAUCAAGAUAUACGAAAAAUUAGUGGCCUUAAAGACCAAACUGUUAUAGUUGUAAAAGCUCCUCCAGAAACAAGACUUGAAGUGCCUGACCCAGUGGAGAGUGCAUUGAUACAUUUAUCUAGUACUCAAGGACCUAUUGAAGUUUAUCUGUGCCCAGAGGAAAAUGAUGCCCUCAGUCCAAUGAAAACCUAUAGUCAGGACCACAAUGGAAAUAUUUCCAAAACCAUUUCCAAAGAAGUGGCUUCUGCUAACUCAGGACAAGGUGACUGCUCUGUAAAUAUGGCAACUAUCUCUCCACUGGCUUCUCCAGCCAACCUUCUCCAGCAGACAGAGGACCAAAUUCCCUCAAACUUUGAAGGACCAUUUGUGAAUUUGCUGCCACCUCUGCUUCAGGAAGAUUAUUUGCUGAGCCUCGGGGAUGAAGAAGGCAUCAGUGACCUCUUUGAUGCUUAUGAUUUAGAGAAGCUUCCUUCAUUGGUGGAUGAAUUUAUAUACAGCUGAUUCUUAAAUGCUGUCCGUAUCUAUAUGGUGUUUUUAAUGGAAUCAAAAAACUGCCAUCAUUCGGAGUUGUCCACUCCAUACUAUGAAAUAGCAUUUUUAAAUAAACUAGGCCCUUGAACACUGCUGAUAUUUUAAUUGAAUACUCCCUAAAAUACUACAAACAACAAGUGAAGGCUUUUACAGCAAGGCCUUCUCCUUGACCCUGAGCUCCAGCACUUUGUGCAUCACCAAGUGCAAGCAGGUGACCAUAAACAUUUUAUCUUCACACUCCCUGAGUCUCUGCUUACUGUGACUAGUGGGCUUACGGAGAAGGGCUCAAUGAACUGGUUUAGUCCUCAGUAACAAUUUUCUAAUAGUAUUUCAGGUCGUGCCUUCUGCAGAGAAUGCAUGUCUUUUGAGUAACAUGGAUUGUACCUGCAGUGAACGUAAAUAUGAAGUAAUGCAAAAGUAUGAAAUGGGAAUUCUUCAGCUACUUGUGGGAAUGUUUAAAUUGCUGUCAUAAUGCUCAUUUUGAGCUGUGUAUAUGUCUCAUUAUGAGGUCAAAUACUUAUGUCCUUAAAAGCUUUUAAUAAAAAAAAAAUACACUGUAAAUGUAGUGUAUAUUGCAAAUAUUGAAAAGUAUAAAGUUCUGCCACUUCUCGUAGUGAUUACAGAUUUUUAAAAAUGUUUGUGUGCGUGUGUGAAAGUAGGUUUUGUUGGUUGUUUUUUUAAACUAGAACGAAGAUGCACAGUUCAAUUUUACUGCCCCCAGUGUGCAUUAGAACUGGUACAUGAAUUUUUGUGGUACUAAGUGGGGCUUUGUGUUAAGUGCCUACUAGAGAUGCACUGUGGGUUUUUUCCCUCUAUGGAAAACACUUAUGCCAAGCUUUGUUCAAUAUAUCAUAUUUAUCUCAGUGGGUUAGCUUCCUCUGCUUACAGCUUUUUAUAAUUCUCUUCGCCAGCAAAAUGGAACUAAUUUUUUUCCAAAGUACAGAAUUAAGUACCACAUCAACUGAAUUGCAUUUAUUUUUUGAAGAUCUUUGUUAGUAUAGUAUAGUACCAAUAUUUAUUUUUUGAAUGUGAAAGGAAUUCUAAGAAGUCUUAAAUAACUUUUUUUUUUUUUUGAGUGUAAAAUAUGUUGCCAUGUUCUGGGCUAAAUUAAUGUAAUGUUGAUUAGAUGAUGCCCGUAUAAUCCUUUUGUUUAUCAUUACUGUUGUGCUUAUCUGACAUACUCAGAAAAUUAGUACUAUUUGUACUGUAGUAGAAUAUUAUAUAUACAGGUUUUCUGGUACCAUUGAGUUGCUGCUAUGAAAGCUCACACAUGAAAAGGCAAGAAGUCCAAUAAGAAAACUGUAUGACUGUGUGAGUUUUGGGAUAUAACAAAUGUAUAAAGAGCAACACCUAAAGAACUGUUAAACAGUGUUAAGUGUGUGUUUAUAUGUACAAAUGUGUGCAUAGAUCAUUCAGCAGUUGUAUUUAAGUUGAUGUAUGUUCUCAACUCACACUUUAGUUAUCUAGCAGUUUUGUACAAUAGAAUUAAUUUGUAAACACUGCCAGAAUAUUUUCUAGCUGGUUUGUAAUUUUUUAAGAGUUUUUUUAGAUGUGGAUCUGUAAAUAAAAUUGUAGUAUUUAAAGUUUUCGUCUUGUGGAAGAGGAAAGUAAAAGUUGUGUAAGCAGGAAGAGUAGCAAGACAAAGGGGCACUUUUGCGGGGGAAGAGAAAAUGAAGACUAACACAGACCAUCUUUUUUUGUACAAAUUAAACACUUGUCCCAAUGUGCGUGGGCAAAAUACUAAUCUAAUUUAGCUUUGCAUUGUAUGCUAGUUUAAAAAAACUCUGUAAAAUAAUGUAAAAAAAAAAAAAAGCAACAAAAAUAGCUUUUAUGGUGAGUUUUGUAAAUAGGUUUAUUAAAGGAUGACCUGUUCUCUAGCUGUGAUCUUACCACUUCAGAUGGAUGUAAUUUGAAGAAAUUUUGUAUGGUAAUGAAUCAAUAAAAAGGAUUUUUUAAAGAGUUUAGAUUUGUAUAUGGCGAUUUAAGUUCUUCUAAUUCAUGGUCCCUAUCAUGUUGCUUCUUGCAACCAAACUGUUAUUAUUUUCAUUAUUAGUGCUCACGCUCAUUUGAUACCAGAUGUUUCAAUCCCAUUUUUUAGAUUAUGCUAACAAUAAGUUCAGGGUUUGGUGCUUUUUUUUUUUAAGCCAGAGUGAAACAAGAAGACAAAACAUGUAAAGAGACAUAGUAGGAGAGCCAGAAGCUGGUGUAAUAGAGGUUUAUUUUUAUUUAUCCCCUCCCAUAUGAAUUAUGAACAUAAUCCUUGCAAACUUCAGAGAAACUGCGUUAUUCUAGGAUUAAAUGACAUGAACGUAGUAGUUGAGGAUCUGUUUAACCUUCCUGCUGAUAAGUCUCCAGAAGUCUCCUAAUAGUAGCUUUGCAAAGGAGUUCUGUUUA